GCGGGGUCGGAGGGCAAAGUCUGAGCAGCCCCCGGAGGGGACCACCCUGGGCGGGGCUGGUGACCCCAGGAGGAGGCAGGCAGCAGCGGCUGUCGCCUGCCUGACAGCAGACCCGGGCUCAGGGGAGCGGUGACCGGCGGCGGGGGGCGGGCAGAGGCGGGCCGGCACCUGGCCGGUGCCUGAGAGUCGACAGCCGGGCCGGCUUCCACGUCGCUGCGGCCGUUCACCCACCAGCCCAGGUGCCAGUCCCGCCCCCAUGGGGCUGACAUGGAAGGAACGGGUCUUCACAGCCCUGCUGGGGGCUGCAGCGGUCUCAGGCCUCACCACGCUCAUUCUCUUCCUGGUGGAGGCCACCAACGUCCUCCUGCCCGCAGACACCAAGUUCGGGAUCGUGUUCGACGCUGGGUCCUCCCACACAUCACUCUUCGUGUAUCAGUGGCUGGCAAACAAGGAGAAUGACACAGGUGUGGUCAGCCAGGCCCUGGCCUGCCAGGCGAAAGGGCCUGGCAUCUCUUCCUACGCCUCCGACCCUGCACAGGCUGGCGAGAGCCUGCAGGGCUGCCUGGAGGAGGCGCUGGCACUGAUCCCAAAGGCCAAGCAUCAGCAAACGCCCAUGUUCCUGGGGGCCACGGCUGGCAUGAGGCUGCUCAGCCAGAAGAACAGCUCUCAGGCGGAGGACGUCUUCGCAGCAGUCAACCGGGUCCUGAGCCGGUCUCCCGUGGACUUCUGGGGCGCUGAGCUCCUGGCUGGGCAGGACGAAGGGGCCUUAGGUUGGGUCACCAUCAACUACGUCCUGGGCCUGCUGGUGAAGUACUCCUUCUCCGGAGAAUGGAUCCGGCCUCUGGAAGGGACGUUGGUGGGCGCCCUGGACAUGGGUGGCGCCUCCACCCAGAUCACCUUUGUGCCUGGAGGCCCCAUCCUGGACAAGACCACCCAGGCCACCUUCCGCCUCUAUGGCACAGAACACAGUGUCUACACCCACAGCUACCUCUGCUUCGGGCGCGACCAGAUGCUGAACCGGCUCCUGGCCGGGCUGGUGCAGAGCAGCCCGGGCCUCCUGGUGCGUCACCCCUGCUACCACAGCGGCUACCGGGGCACGCUGGCCCUGGCCGCCCUGUACGGGUCGCCCUGCGUCCAGGCCGCAGCCCCCCGAGACCUCGGCCAGAACCUCACUGUGGAGGGGACGGGGAACCCCGGGGCCUGUGUCGCCGCCAUCCGGGGUCUCUUCAACUUCUCCAGCUGCGACGGCCGAGGAGACUGCGCCUUCGACGGGGUCUACCAGCCCCCCGUGCGGGGCCAUUUCUACGCCUUCUCCAACUUCUACCACACGUUCCACUUCCUGAACCUCACCUCCAGGCCGCCGCUGGCCACGGCCAACGCCACUGUCUGGGAGUUCUGCCAGAGGCCCUGGAAGCUGGUGGGUGGAUGUGGGCCGCCCGCCCCCCAGCCGGGCCCCAGCUCCCCGGGCUGCAGACUCCACCAAGCAGGGACCCCGUCCCGGGCAGUGCGGCCGGGGCGCUGGGGGGCUCCAGGCAGGAGACUCAGGGUCACGUCUCCGAGGGGGACCAGCCGUGGGGACCCAGGAGGUGAGGCCUCACGGGGCUCCUGGCCUCCCGGGCCCCCAGGUGGAGGCGAGCUCGCCCGGGCAGGGCCGCCGGCUGCGCGACUACUGUGCCUCCGGCCUGUACGUCCUCACGCUCCUGCUGGAGGGCUACGGGUUCAGCCAGGAGACCUGGGGCGGCAUCGAGUUCCGCAAGCAGGCCGGUGGCACCGACAUCGGCUGGACGCUCGGCUACAUGCUGAACCUGACCAGCUUGAUCCCAGUCGAGGCGCCCGCCCAGUGGCGGGCACAGAGCUAUGGCGUCUGGGUGGCCGGAGUCGUCUUUUUGGUGCUGACCCUCACGGCCAUUCUCGGGGCCACUGCGGUGCAGCUCUGGCGCCGGGACUAGGCCGGCUGCCAGCUGGUGCUGGACGGCAGAGGCCUGAGCUGGCCGGAGCCUUCCUGAACCCCGACCCCCAAGGCUUGCCCUGCGGGCUCUGGCCCCAUGGUCACAUGGCCCCCCUUUGCCCUUGGGGUCAUUCUGGCCACGGAGGCUGUGCCGUGGCCCCGACCGUGGCCUUCCGGUCCCAGCGCCCCAGCGUGUUUCCCAUGUUGCACGAAGGCUGGGCCAUCGCGACCCCUGCAGCCCUCAGGGCUGUGUGACUGCAGA